CCCGCCGCCGCGCCGUAGCCGGUGUCCUCCCGCGCGGGCCGCGGACAUGUCGCUCCUGCGGCCCUGGCGCCUCUUCGCGGCCGCGCGGGGCUGCUCGUUGAGGGGCCUGGGCUCCGGCCCCGCGCCUUCGUCCUGGGACUUCCCGGCCGGGCCCCCGCCGCCGCCGCCUCGGCCGCGCCCCUUCCACGCGGGUCCAGGGCUGUGGUCGUCGGCCUCGAGCAAGGACGCCCUCGUGAAGCUGCGGCGAAGAACAGGCUACUCCUUUGUAAACUGCAAGAAGGCUCUGGAGGCUUGCGGCGGGGAUCUCAAGCAGGCAGAGAGCUGGCUGCACAAGCAGGCCCAGAAGGAAGGCUGGAGCAGAGCUGCCAAACUCCACGGCAGGAAGACUAAAGAAGGCCUGAUUGGGCUGCUUCAGGAUGGAAACGCAACCGUGUUGGUAGAGGUAAACUGUGAGACAGAUUUUGUUUCCAGAAAUAUAAAAUUUCAACAGUUGGUCCAGCAAGUCGCCCUGGGAACCUUGUUGCAUUGUCAGAACCUAAAGGAUCAACUCUCCACAUACAGUAAAGGCUUCUUGAAUUCCUCUGAGCUCUCUGAACUUCCGGCUGGGCCUGACAAAGAAGGCUGCCUCAAGGAUCAGCUAGCCUUAGCAAUAGGGAAACUGGGAGAAAACAUGACUCUUAAACGAGCUGCAUGGGUGAAGGUGCCAGCUGGGUUCUAUGUUGGCUCCUAUGUCCAUGGAGCAAUGCACAGCCCCUCCCUCCACAACCUGGAGCUCGGGAAGUAUGGGGCCCUGGUGGUCUGCGAGACAUCUGAGCGCAAAGCAAGCCUGGAAGACCUUGGCCGCCGCCUUGGGCAGCAUGUGGUGGGCAUGGCCCCUCUCUCUGUUGGCUCUUUGGAUGAUGAGCCUGGGGGAGAGGCAGAAACCAAGAUGCUGUCCCAGCCAUACUUGCUGGAUCCCUCCAUCACGUUGGGACAGUAUGUGCAGCCUCAAGGGGUGUCCGUAGUAGACUUUGUGCGGUUUGAAUGUGGAGAAGGUGAAGAGGCAGCAGAAACCGAAUAGGUUUCGGAGACUUGGCCCAGGAGAUGUUUAUUCUUUCUCUGGACAUCAUUCCGAGAAGUUAUUUCCUCAGCCUCUACAAACCCAGAAUUUGUUUUUCAUUGGAGUUUAUAAUGCAAUGAUAUCCUCAGUGGGAAGAGUCAUUAAAUAAAAUUGCUAUAUAAUAAAGAGA